AUGCCUGAAGUCACUUCAUCGCUGCAAAACCUCCUCAUGAGCAAGGAUUGGGUGGGCUUUGAUUUGGACGAUACUUUACAUGAGUUUCGGAUUGCCUCUAAUGCUGCCUCGUCGGGCAUUUUCGACCGUGUUCAUCGUGACUAUGGUGUACCUCUGGAGGAUCUCAGGUUAUCAUACCGUCAGAUUCUGACAGAUAUGACCGCUGGUGCAUUCGCUGACGGCAAGCUCUCUAGCGAUUACCGUCGAGAGAGGUUCGCCGCUUUACUGCAUAGUCAGGACAUUGUAGCUCCUUCGGGAUAUCUAGAGUGUCUAUUAGCCGUGUACAAAAGAACCCUUGCCUCGUCGCUCUGUCUGAAGGCGGGUGCUCUUGACCUGCUCGAGAGAUUGAAGACCCUUGAAAAGAAAAUAAUUAUUAUCACGGAAGGACCCUGGGAUGCCCAGGAUUGGACGAUCGAACAAUUGGGCUUGAAGGACUAUGUCGAUGUUCUUGUCACGUCAAAUGAGCUGAAGACUUCCAAGACGGACGGCCUGUUCGGACAAGUUCUGCGCAAAUAUGACAUUCCAGCUUCUCAAAUGAUUUACAUCGGGGACAACGAGCUUCGUGAUAUCCUACCAGCGGAAGCAGAAGGAAUCAUGGCGAUUCAUGUUUCCGAAAACUCAAGAGUUUGUGUUGAUCCGGAACAGGGAUCGAUCAAGAUUGAUGCCCUGACGAGGCUGAUGUGUCUGUUUAACGACUGUUAAAGCCGUGUGCCGUGGAGUUUCGAUUGUGAGAUAACCUGGGGUCUUGCACCGAUUGCACCUCCCGACCAUCCCGGAGGACUGGGCCGCGCG